GGAGAUAAAAGCUCAGUCAGCUCUGGUACAGAAGCUGAAGCAGGAGAUGAACGAGUGUGAAGACACCUUACAAAGACUAAAGAAUCUGAAACGGGUAAACGAGAGAGAAAUAGAGCAACAAACCACUCAGCUUCAGGAACAGAAGAUAAAGAUUGGUACACAGAAGGAGGAGACAGAAAGACAGGAGAGAGAAAUCCAAACAAAUGCCAGAAUUAUAAAACAAGCAAGGAGGAAAAAACAGACACUGGAAAAACUGAUACAGACUGAAGAGAAACAACAACAGGUAAAAACUGAAAAGUUUCAGAAACAGGUCACUGAGCUGGAAAAACAAAAGAAACUACUUGAACAAAGUGUGACUUUAAUGAGAUACAAAGAGAAGAGAAAGAGAGAAGAGCUUAGAGAAAAGCAGAGGGAAGAGCAGAGAGGCAUCAGAGAGAAAGAUGUCCAGAUUCUGCAGGACAUUUAUGACCAGCUGGACAGCAGAUGUUCCUCAUCAACCUACAUGCAAAACUGUGACACAGAGGAAGUCUUAAGAGUUGAACUGAGAAACUUUGUUGAGAAGAUGAAGAUGGAGUUUCAGAGGAGUUCAGAGGAGAUGGAAGUUCAGAAAAAGGCACAGGAACAAACAGAAAGAAUAAAGGUGCAAGAACACAGUAAGAAUGAUGAACAAGAUGAUGCUUCACAAGAUGCUGCAAGCAGUAAUGAUAAGGUCUUUGAAGAAAGUCUUUCACAAAGGUCUUUCAGUGUAAAAAUGGAAGAUUCAAACUCACAGGACAUCAGAAAGUCAGCUCUGAAAAGUCUUACGGACAUUCUGCAGCAUCUCAAUCUAGACAGUUUCUAUCCCAACAAACUGACUGUUAAGUCUAUCUUCACCAUUGGUAGCCCAAAGGAGGAACAGUUAAACAGCAAUAUGGCUUUUAGUCACCUGCAGAAACUCCUGAUGCUGAACUACAAAGUGAGAUGCAUUACAGAUGAAAAUGAAAAGCAAAACUGUACCCUGUCCACAAAAACAAGUGGAAAUUGUGACAGAAAAGAUGUUGAUUGGAUGUCUGAUUCCAUGAAUGAUAAUGGCAGUAACUACAGAGCUAAAUGUGAGAUUACUGCCAAGGGCAUACCACAAUCGGUCAGUGAAAUAUCAAAUGAAAAUGAUAAUCUGGAUGAAUUCCUCAGUGGAAAGAACGACUCUAAUAAUGCUAAAGAAAAGGAAAAGAUUCAUUCAAUGGAUGUCCAGAUGGCAGUUUUCCACUGUGCAGAUAGUUUCCUGAGGCAAUACAUGGUGACUAAACUCUCCUCCUGCCAGUACGCUUUGCCACUGCUGGUGCCCAGUCCUACAUCUUCAGACAUUGAACUCCCUAUCUGGACAUUUCGGCAGAUCAAGAAAACCUGGAAGCCAGCCUGUGGCUCCAGCACAACAAUGCCAGUCUGUCAGGUUAAAACUUUGAUGGUGUUUUUCUGCAGGCUGGGCUCUGUUUCUACUUCCAAAUCUCAGCUGCUGAAUUCAGUGAUUAAUCCAAACCAUGACACCUUCUUCCACAGAGACAGUCCAGGCAGCAGCAGGAACAGCCUGUUCAUAGAAGGACUGGUGGAGAUUGCCUGGUACUGUCCUGCAGGAAACACUGAUGACCUUUUCAGUGACAUUACUGCAUUCUGCAAUCUUCAUGGUGACGCUCUAGAUCACAGAAAACAAACAGAUUUUCUAGCUGAAAGAGCCACGGUCAACGUUGUCUUGAUGCAAAAUAUGAAGCUAAAUGAUGAAGGACGAAAGCUCUUACACAUGCUUCACAAGUCUCCAAAGCCUCUUAUCUGUCUUGUCAGUGAUCUGCAAAAAGGUCCACUUAAGAUUGGUCAUGGGCUGAAUAUCAAAAUAGGACUGAGGGGUAGAAACCAGGAUGACUUAAAAAAUGAACUGACCAGUGCAAUUAAAUUUGGUUUGCAGAAGUUUAAUUUUAGUCAGACCUUCAGCCUGGAGAAAAGCUCAAAACUAGCGAAACAAUCUGGAUUUAAAACUGAUGAAGACAGAUAUUGUCAGGAGGGGAAGAACAGAGCUCGAAGGGUUAUUAAACUUUUGGAAGAAGAAAAAUGUUCUGAAAUAAAGGUUACGUUUCUGCCCUGUCAAGGGAAACUGUGGCAUGACUGGAGCAGGAAAAACAAAGAGCUUCAUCAUUUGCACAGAGAAAAUCGACAGCUGAACAGGGAUGCUAAACUGGCAGAAAUGAAGGAAUUAAGGGCCAAACAGCGAGGCAUCAACCUCAAAUUCAUCAACUGUUUUGUAAACAACCUACUGUCAAAAAACACACAUCAGCCAUGGUACUUUGUCCAGUGGACCAGUUAUUUUAUUGAUGAGAAGUUUUCAGACCAGGUUUCUCAAGUUCAUCUGAAAUACAACAGCAAAUGGCUUGAAGUGCAGAGGUUGAAAAAAACACAAGGAAAGUCUGAGGAGCUGAAGGUCCUGCAGAAACAGCUAGAAGAAGUUUCAGAGGAGCUGGACACAGUGACAUUUGGCCUUGAGCACAUUUUCAGGGAAAUGGGUCAGAUUUAUGAGGCCUGGGCUGCAGUGCCUGAAGAAAUGGGGGCAGAUGUUUCUGCUUUCCCUGCUGUGGCUGCAGACCUCCUGAUCUCUGGACAUCCACUGGAGCUGAUGGAUGGAGAUGCUGCUCAUGUCCCUCUGACCUGGAUAGAAUCUGUUCUGGACAAGGUCACUGAGAGACUGGGAGACCAGAGAGUCUUUGUGCUGUCUGUUCUGGGUCUGCAGAGCACAGGAAAGUCCACCAUGCUGAACACCAUGUUUGGACUGCAGUUUGCUGUGAGAGCUGGCAGAUGCACAAGAGGUGUGUUCAUGCAGCUGCUCAGAGUGAAAGAAGAGGUUAAAGAACAGCUGAACUUUGACUACCUGUUUGUACUUGACACUGAAGGACUUAAGUCUUUAGAGCUGGCUGGCAAAUCAACAGUCAGUCAUGACAAUGAACUGGCCACUUUCAUCAUUUGCCUUGCAAAUAUGACCCUGAUAAACAUAUUUGGAGAAAAUCCUGCAGAAAUUCAGGGAAUCCUUCAGAUUGUCAUUCAGGCCAUCCUCAGAAUGAAGAAUCUCAAAGUCAAUCCAAGCUGCAUGUUUGUCCAUCAGAAUAUUACAGACCUCACAUCUGCAGAAAAGAACAUGGAGGGAAGGAGACAAUUGCAGGAAAAAUUGGAUGAAAUAACAGUUUCAGUCGCAAAAGAAGAAAGGUGUGAUGUAGAGUGUUUUAAUGAUGUGAUCAGAUUCAACAUACAGAUAGAUGUGCAUUACUUUGCUCAGCUAUGGGAGGGAAACCCCCCCAUGGCCCCACCAAACCCACAUUACAGUGAGAGUGCGGAGAGGCUUAAACAGGCCAUUUUCACAGCUGCAGCGCAGGAGAAAGCUAUGAGAUUGUCAGAAUUCAAAGUCCAGAUAAAAGAGCUGUGGAAUGCAGUUCUGAAAGAAGACUUUCUUUUUAGCUUCAAAAACAGCUUGGCGAUUGCAGUAUACCAGAAAAACAUUGCACACAAGCAUUGAAAAUAGGAACCUGACAUCUACAAGUUGAAAACGUAUAGAACUGUAUAUACAGUGCCAUGAUGAACAUAACUGAAAUACUUCCUUGCUUUUGUUGAAGAAGAGUUUGGGACUGGACUACUGUAAUGCUCUUCUCUUGGGGCUCCCUAGUAAAAGUAUUCAGAGAUUACAGUAUGUUCAAAACAGUGCUGCCAGGGUCCUUAUGAAGGUCUGCAAAAAUGAGCACAUUACACCUGUUCUUCAGUCUCUUCACUGGCUCCCUGUGACUAAGAGGACUGAAUACAAGGUUCUCCUCCUCACACACAAAUGUGUUCAUGGCCAGGCUCCCUCUUACUUAAACGAACUGCUAGUACCACAGACACAUCUACGAGCCCUUCGCUCUGUGCAUCUCCACUGUCUUCUUCCAAUCAGAACAAAACUUAGUACCAUGGGUGACCGAGCCUUUUGUUCUGCAGCUCCACGCCUUUGGAAUGCCCUGCAUGCCCAUCUGAGGAAGCUUCAGACAACUGAUUGUUUUAAAAAGCGACUAAAGUCAUAUCUUUUUAGGAGGACAUAUGGACAA